CCCGCCCGCCGCCCGCCGCCCGCCCGCCAUGGAGCCUUCGCACAAAGACGCCGAGCCCGCGGCGGCCGCCGACCCCCGGGGGGCGCCCCCGUCCAGCGGGGUGGUGGUGCAGGUCCGAGAGAAGAAGGGGCCCCUGCGCGCCGCCAUCCCCUACAUGCCCUUUCCCGUGGCCGUCAUCUGCCUCUUCCUCAACACUUUCGUGCCCGGACUGGGGACCUUCGUCUCGGCCUUCACUGUGCUGUGCGGGGCCCGCACGGACCUCCCUGACAGGCACGUGUGCUGUGUCUUCUGGCUGAACAUCGCGGCGGCUCUCAUCCAGGUCCUCACGGCCGUCGCCAUGGUGGGCUGGAUCAUGAGUAUCUUCUGGGGCAUGGACAUGGUCAUCCUUGCCAUUUCCCAAGGGUACAAGGAGCACGGGACCCCACAGCAGCUGUGAGCCCAUGGGACCUGCUGGGGAGCCCAGAGUGGCCCUGUGAAGGCAUUGCCAGGCAGCUCUGGCCCAAGGACCCCCUCUUCUGCUGUUUCCUGGAUUUGGGGCAGGAAGGGGGUAUAUUUGAAAAUACAUCAUUUAUUUUGAAAACAUACCUGCUUUGCCCAGCAGGCUGAGGGCAGCCGGCUCUCCCUCCUGCUCUGGAAAGCAGUGUAGGCACCGAGUGUCAGGGAGCAGGCAGGCGAUGGGAGUGCCGGCAGAGACAGGCUGGGGUGCUUGAGGGCUGACCUUUGCCUGGCAGAGCUCACUGCCCACCGCGGGGCACCCAGAACCCCCGGCCAGGGCCUCUGUGGGCCAUGUCAGGGUGACUGAGAGCACUUCCUCUGGCCCCCAGCCCUCGCCCCAAAGCCCUGGUGUCCCUAGGGUUUACUCUGAGGUCUUCUGGGGCAGCAGCAGGGUGGGAGUAAGGGUGGCCAGACGCCUGCCCAGUGAGGAAGGGGCUGUGCCCCAGCUGGCCCAGACCGAGCCUGGCUGUGCCCCAGCCUCCUUGCUGCUGACAGCUGUGGCUGGAUGGGUCUGGGCUUUGUUUCCCUGGGCCCAGGGCAGCGACUCCACCCCUUGGGCAACUGCCAGCUGUUCAGGAACAGACUGAGGAGUGAGUGGGCACAGCGGGCAGCCUUCUUCAGAAUGCUCAGUACACCUUCUGGUCCUUACGCUCUUUUCUAAAAUCCUCGGAGCCACACGAGUCUCUGAAGACAGAACUGUUGGAUCUGAGAAAGAUGACAUGAUCCACGCACCACACAUUUCCUGACAGCCUCCUAGCAGUCUGGGCCACCCUGCACGCCAGCAAGCAUGUGAACACUUCUGCCGAGAAACACGAAAAGAGUCCAGUCCCCUGGGGUCAAUGAGAACUGCAAGUGACCUCGCUGGUUCAGGUCCGAUCUCACCGCUAGAUAAGUCCUGGGGAAAAACGGCCAUUGGAUGGCUUCUGGGGUUCCAGCACUGCGAAGCAGUUUUGUGAGGCUGUGGGCCUCGAUCUGGAAAUCCUACCUCCCAGCGGGAGCACUGGAGGGAGGUUGCUGCCUGUGCAAGGGUCCUCCAGGCGCCUGGGACCGCAGGCCCUUUACGGCUCCUCUGAGAGAGGUUGUUACAGAGAGGAGAAACCGACAGGUGUACAGCUUACGGUGGUCAGGCACCAGUCUGCAGCGGCCAGGAGCGCGGUCCCCAGUUACAGUGCCAGAUGGACAGCCACACUCUCUCCUCUGCACUUCCUCAUGCGGGAGGCACUGACCUUGGCCUUGACCCUCCUCAGGGCAGCUCCUGUCUGUCAAGGCUUGCUCAGGAGCGGGACCCAGCUGUCUCCUCCGCUGCUAGACGGGGUCAGCGAGAGGGCCACCUCACGGGGGUCCAGCCCACCGGCCCUGCACUGGGCACGACGACGAUCGGAGUCCUGCCGGGAGCCGCAAGCUGUCUGCUCCCCCUGCCCACCACUCCCGGCCGGCCGAGCUUUCUGACGCUCUGGUCUUCCUUUCGGGCCUCCUUCUUCGCAGCCUGGGCUGGCUGCACAUCCUGACCCAGGGCAGUGUCCCAGCCUCCACCCGGCCUGGGCUCUGUGGCCUGUCUCCUGUUCAGAGGGCUCGGGGUCUCCAGGCCUGGGCUCAGAUUUGGCUCCACCCGAAGAACCCGGGCCCUUGGGGCCGAGGAGUCAGGGAGCGUCUUCGGCCACGCCCACAGCGCUCCCCCGCGACUCCUCCUCCGAGUGACGACUCCUCCCCAUGCCCGUCCCCAGGGGCUGCCCCUGCAGGGAGAGGAGGAGCUUAUUCCCCUGGCUGGGCUGGGGGUGGCUGCUGAGGGAGUGGAGGAGAGGCAGCGAUUUACUUCGUACUUUGUUGACACAACCCAGCGGGUGGGAUCUUCUGGAGUGGCAGUUGUCAGCACGCGUGCGGUGCCCGUGGGGGAUGGCUCGAUACAGUGGUGUGUGCCCACGGAGGGCCGUCGCCCACCCCUCGAGAGCACGCAGCCUCAGGGGAGGCCCCUCUCCAGGGAGCUGGGUGUGGGCACCUGCUGCCGAGCACUGCUCCUGGGAGGGCGGCUGUGGGCGGGAGGCUCCGAGCAUCGCCCGAGAACGCUGGUCUCAGCAUUGACCUUGGUAGAAGGGGCAGCGAGGGCCGCCUGGACCAUCAGGAGGCCCAGAGCGUGUGUGGAGCAGCAGCCAGCGACGAGCAGGACUGUCCAGCACGGGCUUUGCUGCACGCAGCCCAGUGCAGAGUGGGGCUUGCCUCUCUUGCUUGAAGGCCAGCACAGGGCCGCAGCACAAGAGGGUCAGGCACCUUCCCUCCAGGCUCCCACGGGUCAGUGUGCGGCAGGCUCUGCCUGGCUGUAGCAGCCACAGUGAGGGAGACACUCCAGGCCUAGCGGGGGGACUGCGGCCAGAGUGGGACCCUGCCGUCAAGGGUGAGGCCUCUGGCAGCUGGGGUGUCCUGGAGGCCGGGUGGUAGGAGCAGCAGGAGCAGCAGGAGCAGGCGGCACUCCUGGGCCAGCCUGACACACUGCUGGCCCUGCACUGGCGAGGCCUGUUCUCCUGAGAGGAGGGAAGGAAGGGACCUGCGCGGUGGUCGCCUUGCUUCUCGGCCCGGAACCACAGGCCGGCCCUGUCAACCGCCUCGCCUUGGCCCUGCUGCUGUCCCUUCCCUGUGUCACACAGAGGCUGGGUGAGCCCCAGCAGACAGUCCCGCCUGUGGGAGGGAGAUGCUGGGCAGCCCAGAGAGGGUCCUCACCCCACUGACAGAGGAGAGCAAAACAACCAACCUCAGCAAGGAGCCCACCUGCCUGAAGAGCCUCUGCCUGUCCUGUUUCCCCUCCAGCUCGAACACCUUGGCUCGCAGCAGGCCCUGCUGCAGGUCCCAGACGAUGGUGGCGGAGAUGGAGCCGGCUUUGGAGCUGCCUGGCCCUAACCCGAAGAUCAAGUCCCGCUUUCCCAGCUCCAGGCUUGCUGCCCUCCCUGAUGCCCAGCCCGAGGGGCAGCUGGGCCUCCUCCCGGCCCCAUGCCGGCUCCCAGGCCCGGCUCAGGCCCACUGACUCGCACUGCUUUUUACUGUUACUGUUCGUGGUGUUGCACACAAAGCUGGGAGCGUUGGGGAUGCAGAACAUGAGUGUAAAUUCUCCAGCUAGCAGGCGCAGGUGCAGCUUAAGGCCUGUGCCGUCCCUCUUGCUGCCGUUCUUUGAGACUUCUAUCCCAGGGACUGAAGGGGGGGCCUUUUCAAGGACCCUCAGCUUGCCAGCAGUGCUCCCCAGAGGUGGUUGGGGGCCUCAGAAGCCAUUGCUGCUGGCCCCUGCCCCUCGCCUGACAGAGUGGGGUGCUCCCGCUCGGCAUCAACACAGGCAGAGCACGCUGUGAGCGCCAGCAGGUCAGGUAGCCUUCGCCAUCGGGUGUGGUUUUAUCAGAAGGUCAGUCCGAGCAUGGCUGGGUGGCUCAGGGCCCUGCUUUGUCCUCAGCCUUCUUCCGAGUGGAGUUUUAGGUCUUCUGAGUGCUCCCGGGGUCCCAGAGGUGGGGAAGCUCCCUUGCUCAGAGUGCAUCCCGCCCUAAAUCCCGCCACACAGGGAGAUGGCCAGAGGGACUCCAAGAGCCCCACAUCCCGGGAGUUCUGGCCCGGUGCGGUUGGGGCUGCUCAGACCUGUUUAACCCAGAGUGGACCCUGGGCCAUCAUUUUUUUCCCAUUUCUAUCAAAGCUGAGGCUGUGGUGGGCCUGGCCCUGCCUGGCACUCUGUCUUCCCGUGCACGGGGCUGCCUCGCACCUUGAAGGUCUGGAGACCUGUAGCCAGGGCCUCUAAAAUUCCAGGCCACUCCUGAUGCUGAUUGAGGGCAGAAAGGUCCAAUUUGUGUGUCCUGAGUUCCUGGUGCAAGUCCUGAAGUCUUUUCCUUUGGAUUAGCUGUGGGGCCUCAGUUCCCAGCCCCUCUCCCUUCCUUGAUUUACCAAAAUGCCAACCCCCAGGCUGGUCUGGGCUCUCCAGUGACUGCCACAAUUUCACCCAAGUGGGCAGAGGUGAGCGCGCGCGCGCGCACACACACACACGUGCGCGCACACGCACACAGCUCGACUGCUGAGCAAACAGGAUGGCUCCACCUGGAGACUCGGGAUUGGACACUUCUCCCCAGGAGCCCAUGCCUCCUCUUCUGGGGGGCCCUCUGCUCCCCACCUGGAUGCACACGUUCCUCCUCUCCAGGGCCUCUGGCUGGUGGGCCUCUUCCUCCUGGUGGGGAGCCCUGGAUUCAGCCCCCGACCUCACCCACCCUGGCUAUGCUCAUCCCCCACGUCCCUCAGUGUGGGCUUCCAUGGGCGGGGACAAAAUGGGCCUGCAGGGAGAAGAGGGACAGCGCCCUUCCCCUAGUGUCCUCUGGAGGCUGCGACAGUCUUCCCUUCUGAGACCUCAUUCUGUCCGCGGGACCCAGCCCCUGCACCCAGCAACAGAAGAGGAGAAGGGAUGACGGCACCUGCGGGAACCCAGGACUGGCCCUUUCCAUGAGUUAAGUCCCAGGCCCUCUUAUGCGGCACCAUUUUUACAAAUCUUCGUGAAAACAAGACAGUAGGGUCCGUGUGUCUGCCAGACCCUCGAGGGACGGGGUGUUGUACUGUGUCCUGCAGUGGCUGAUGCUGUACUGGGUCUGUGCGGGUCUCUUCUUUCUGCUAAGUUAGUUGCUGUCCAUCUCCAUUGUUCUCGGACGAUACUCACUGUGGCCUUCCGGGCUCUUAGCUCACUUCAGCCCAGUUCCAUGGGGAGCCCCCCAGUCUACCCCAGGGGCUUGUUCCCAGGCCACGCCAAAGACUGGAACUUUUCCUGGGAGAAAAUGUCUAAUGUUGGAGAAGCUUCCAGACUUGCCCUGGUCCAAACCUGGCUGUCUAGGGCCUGAGCCUGCUGCAGCGUAGCUUGGCUGGCAUCCUCAGGCCUGGAUAAGCUGGCCAUGGCUCAGGAGUGCCCCAAGGACCUGAGCAGGCUCCCUGUUUCUCCAGCCUCCUGCCAGCUUCAAAUUCCUCACUCAAGCAGCAUCAUCAUUGUGUCUGUCAUGAGAAAUAAAACCCAUGUAUAUAUCUCCCUGUAUAUAUUUAUAUAUACACACUCGUUCCCUUAUAAACAUAUAAAGCAUGCAUCUCUUUGACAUUCCAAGUUUGUGGGGUUUUUAUUCUUGGAAAUAUGGCUUUGGAAAUCCUUUCUUUCUUUCCCUCUUUUCUAUGUAAUAAACAUUCAUGUGACCUUC